AUGCAAAGUGGAAAGAUCCCAGACUCAAGAAUCACAGCCUCGAGUGAAUGGGAUGGCAACUCGGGUCCACGUUACGGCAGAUUACAUGGAAAUAAAUUCUGGCUUGCAGCCAGGUCACCAGACACCAACCAAUGGCUGCAAAUUGAUUUUAAAUAUAAAGCAACAGUUACAGAGAUUCUCACACAAGGCCGUCCUGACUACAAUCAAUGGGUUAGAAGUUACACUAUUGCUUAUUCUGACGAUGGUGUGAAUUUUACAACGUACAAAGGGGAUAAAGGGCAAGAUAAGGUAACUAUCAUAUAUUUUUCAGUCCCACAGCUUGGGCAGGUUGUAGGAAAAUAGUUAUAAUACCAUUUUGGGCAUCUCACUCGAUAGAACUAAUUGCAGAAGUGCUUUGUAGGUGGAAAUUUUGAGUGUAAAUUUUAUACAUUCCUUAAACCUAACCAGGAUCAGUUGCGAAAUAUGCAACUAUAGACCCUCUGGUAGGAAUUAAACCUGCGGUCCUGAGUUCGAAUCACGAGGCCGCAGGUUCGAUUCGUGUCAAAGGGUCAAUAUAUAGUUGUAUUUUUAGCAACUGCUCUUGAUUAUGUCUGAUAAAUGUAGAAAACUACAAAAUUCUUCCAGAAAUAAUUAAAGAAACUAUUGAGGUUUAGGCGAACUACCGGAGAGAGAUGAGAAAUUUUCGACGUUUCAAGCAAAGGCAGCAAGUUAUUACUCACACAGUAAAGGACUACUUCCUGAAAAUGAAACACCUAUACUUCGUGUGGAUGGCUUUCCAUUAUUUAUCAGGGAUCUCGCUAUAGAUGCUUCCUACGUUUGGUUACAAUAGUAGUAGAUUGGUACGACCAGGCUGGCAAUUAAGUAACAGUACCUUUACUCUCUUAUUUUUUGGGUCCCAGCUAUAACUGGAAAACUCGCCCGAGUGAGAUCUGCAUGUCGUUGAUUAACGCAUAUGAAAUCUGUCGGAAAAAUGUUUUCAAUAUUCAUAUUAUAAAAUACGUAAUUGUGAUUAUAGAAACAUGUUGCAUCAUGGGGUGCAAGUGUAGUACCUCGUGUUCAAAACAUUACGGAAUUGAUACUGGUAUUUUUCAUGUAAACCUUUUUAUAAAAAUAUAUAAAUAUUAGAGAAUAAGUUCAACAAAAUCCAAUUUGUGUUUCUAUGGGAAACGAGCAAACCCGUUUAGUUGAGAUGUUGUCACCUUGCGCUAGGUGGGAUCUCAGUCAAGUGAGAUAAAUUUCCAUAUGAAGGCUUUAUAAACUUUAUUCCACCAAACCAGGAUGAACAUUGUUGCCAAUUUUCGAAUUUGCCAUUGUUGGAAAAUACAAACAAAAAAGCAAACAUAAACCUGAACAGACAGGUGCGGAUUUUAUAAUUGAAAAAAAAAAGGAUUUCGAGGAAGCCAUAUAUUUACACAAUGCAACCCAACCGAGACGGGAUAUUUGGUGGGAUAAAAACAGUCACAUGAAGACCGAAAACUCAUCUUCAUAAGUAAGAUGAAUUAUGAGCUUACUUUACAAUCAUGUUAUUUUCAAUUUCAUGUUAUUUUCCAUGUGUAUUCAAACAAUUUUGGGAGUAUUUUCUUCACGAGCUUUAGGCUAUAUAAUGCCGACAGAUAUUUUAUGGAUAAAGUGAUAUAUCUCUUUGAAACCAGGUAUUUUCCGGCAACAAUGAUGGUUAUAGUGUUGUGCGUCAAGAAAUUUCAUCCGUUCUUGUUGCAAGAUUUAUCAGAAUCCAACCAAAGACUUGGGAAUGGCACAUCGCCAUGAGAGCUGAGGUUCACGGUUGUGUUGAAGGUAAGACGCGGAAAAUAUCCACAUUCUAA